AUGAACGUGCCCGGGGUGCUGGCCGUUGCCAGUGCGCUGGUCCGCCCAGGCAUCCUGCGUCCGCACUUGUCUGUUGCAUCCCUUGCACAAGUCGACUGGCACAAGGUGUACGCCUCCGGCGUGCGGUACACGCGCCCCCACGAGGACCACCUCGCGCCCGCGCUGCAGCGCUCGUGGAGCGAGUGCAAGGCCGUAUUUGGGUCCGACCAUAUCCUCAUUGUGAGCAACUCGGCAGGGACCCGCAGCGACCCCGGGGCGCUUGCGGCGGAAAACGUCUCGAGCCAGCUCGGCGUCCCGGUGCUGUGUCAUGCGUCCAAGAAGCCGUCGCGGCGGUGCGCGCAGCAGGUCGUCGACUACUUUCGCGAGCUCGCGCAGCGCGGCGCGCACCCCGACGCGGUGCCGCACGUCUUGGUCAUCGGCGACCGCCUCACGACCGACGUCGUGCUGGCGAGCCGGAUCGGCCGCCUGCUCGGCGCGAGCGUGCCGCGCACGGAUACGGACCUCGAUGUGCACGAGGACGUGGCGCCGCGCCUUCCGCUGUGCACCGCCAUGCUCACCACCCAGCUGUGGGCGCCGGAGAAGCUCGGCACGCGCCUCAUGCGUGGCGCAGAGAACAGCGUGCUGCGUGCGCUCGUGCGUGUGGGCAUCCCCCCCCGCGGGGGCUGGCGCACGCGCGCGGCGUACGUCGGCCCGUCGUGGACGCACGACGUGCCCGACGUGCCGCUCGCGCAGCUCCAGCCGGAAAAACAGCCCCAGUCGAUCCUGAUCGACGCGGCGGCGCGCCAGCUCCCGCCUCGGCUUGUCGCGGUGCUGCGGGGCGUCGGCCGCGCCGGAUACCACCUCGCGCGCAUGCUGCACCUGCUGCCCGUGUGGGAGCGUGUCAAAGGCGGUGCAUGCACGGUCAUGCGCGAGGUCUUUGCGAGUGUGCAGCACACGCGUGAGCUCACCUGGUCGGCGUUUACCGCGGCGCCCGUCAAGCCGUGGAAGUCGACGUGGCGCACCCCCCGUUCGAACGUGCUCAAGGAUGCGGCCGUGCCGCCGGUCGGCUCGCUGCGCAGUGGCACGCGGCGGCGUGCCUUUUCGACGUGUGCCGUGCGCCGUGCCGCCCCGCGGCGCGGCGCGCGCCUCCCCCCCGCCGUCGUCCCCCCCACGCUCUUUGGCGUGCCGCUGCGGCAGUGGCUCUUUGCGCUUGUGGCGAUCGUCAUUCUCCCGACCGGCUUUAUCGGCGGCAUCAAGCUGAACGACUGGCUGGCGCAGUGGCGCGACGGCGACCUGUCGCACGAAGGCGACGUGCCGGCGAUGGCCGACUUUGCCCCCCCGCCCCCCGAGGUGGACGAGCAAGGCGCGACCGUCGCGCAGCUCACGAAAAAGAUCCAAAGCCUUGAGCGCGACCAUUUCCUGCUGCGCCGCGAGCGCACCGACGUCCAGGCGAAGCUCGACCGCCUCGCGUCGCGCCUGCCAGUGUAG